AUGAAUAAUGAUGACAUAGACAAAUCUAAUGUAUCCCCCCCCGAUGGAGAAGGGGGAAAUGAACAAAAUGAAGGUGAUGAACAAAAUGAGAAUGAGCUUGGCGAAGGGGAAAAGUGCAUUCCCAUUUUGGACGUACCUUCUCCGAGGAGCACUCAUAACCAAGUGGGGGGCAGUCAUGAGGGGGAUAAUUUUCCGGAGACAAAUGAUUUCCCUAAGGGGGAAUCCCCAAUAUGUGCUUUAGGCGAGGUUGUCCAGGAGGCAAGCGGUGAAAACGCAGAAAACACCACACGUAUAACCAACACAAAUGAUACUCUGAACAGUGAGGAAGCCAAGGAGGGCGCCCCUCACCCAGCGGAAAAAAUGGAAAGCGCUUCCAUAAACUGUAGUAUAAUCAGCGUUGCAACGGUCCACAGUGAGAAAAAUAACACAGUGGAAAAUCCCCUAGCAGAACCCCCAAAUUGUUUCAAUUCCAUUAGCUGCAUUAGCACAACGGGUAAUCAUAACACAGAUGCGCAUGUAGAAUUGGUAGAGCAGACCUUAGAGUGUAUUCCUGUCAUAGGCGAAGCAAUGGAAUACAAUAUUGCACUCGAGAUAAAUGCAGAAUCAGUAAUGGAAGAGGAGACUUGGUUAAAUCCUGAUAAUUCAUGUAUCAGGAUGGAUUACAGUGAGGAGAUUCCUGCAGUUGGAAAUUGCACGAGGGAAGUAGCCGAUGUGGUGGGCCAAACUGGCAAUUAUAUGAUUGAUGAUAUCGUGAAUGGGAUAACCAAUAAUAGUGUUAACCAAGGAGAGGAGCUAUUCUCCCUCGAAUACACAGUAAGCACAUUCCAAAAGGAACUGCUGGAAAAAAAGAAGGAGACAUUUGAAGAAGUUAAGAAAAGGGGGGGUCUCUUUGUGCUAGGUAUCCAACAAUCGUUUAUGAACAAAACGGAAAAUCUCCUCUGCACUAGGUGCAAUACCCUAUUGGCAUCCCUGAACGGUGCCCAUGAACUUUUCCAGGUAAUAUUAAAACUUCAAAUAGAAAAACAAACGAGCGAAUUGUACUUGGCUCAUUUUUUGGAAAAGCUAAAGAAGGACGUGGAGGGGGCAAACAAGACAGCGCAGCAGAGAUGGGCACAGCAGAUAGCCCAGGAGGUGACUAAGGAGGUGGCCCACCAAAUGACGGAAACACAACUAAAAAUUAAUAACCUAAGCAAAGACAGAACAACCCUUAUAGAUACCAUUAAAAAGUGGGAAGAGCAUUUUCACCAAAUGAAAAGGGAACAAGAAAUCAUCCACGCCAAAAUUAAAAUCAGUAUCCAUACAAGCUUUCUCAAUUUUACCGAAUAUAUAUUUCAUCUCCUCCUAAAAGUAUAUUCUUCCCUUUGCCAGAGAAGUGACAGGUUGGCAUUUUUAAUCAACCGAUUGAGGUGCAUUGGAGUUGACUGGAAGGCUUCCCAAGGGGAGAAAGGGAAACGACAGAGGAGGGGGAAGGAGCCAUGUGCAGAGACCCACCACAGUGAUGGAAAAAUUCGUACAGAGAAAAAGAAGAAAAGGAAAAAAAGAAUUAUCGGGAGAAGUAAAAAUAGCAAUAGGAGCGAAGUCUGCUCUUCUUCCCUUGGGGAGAGUAGCACCUCUCGCAGUGACAGUUCCAACUUCUCCAAAUCUGGUAAUCACCAUUCGUGUAGCACCUCCUCGUGCGGAUCCAAUUCCAGUAUGUGCCUUUCGAACGAGUUAUGCCUGUCCGACCUGACACACAUGAAAACAAGCAGGCUGACUGACCGAGGGGGCAAAAAGAAGGGACACAGAAAAGUGAAGCAACUGCUGAUCAGGGAAAGUGAAUCCAAAGAGGGCAAAAAUAGAGCGCACUCGGUGGACAACGAGGGGAAGGUAUCCCGUAACAGAAGGAAAAGGAAACCACGCCAGAGGAAUGAUCAUCACGACAAUCAAAAUGAGAACGAUGAGCGCAAGUUAUAUAAUCGGUAUAGGAGGUACAAAAAUCUCUACUCCGAAGAGUUGCAAAAGAACAAAACGUUACAUUUUCUGUUGAAUAAUAAGGAUGAAGAAAUUAAACAAGUUCGAAGUGCACUAAAGGAAGAAAUGCACAGUAGACUUCUCCUUCACGAGCAGGAAGAGAAAAAUAAAUUAAAAGAAAUAAACGAACUGAAGGAGUUGCUACAAAAAGAAGAAACGGUCAAAAAUAAGUUAAUCACCAGAAAUGAAGAAAUGGAGGAGCAAAAUAAAAGUUUAAAAAAAAAAUUGGACAUGUAUGAAUACACAGAGAAAGAAUUAAAGAACAAGAUUUUCGAACUGAAUAUGGCACUUACCAAGGAGAGGAGAAAGAACAAACGGUUGGUUUCUCAAAAUGGAAAAAUGAAAAACGCUAUUUUUCGAUAUAACCAUGGAGUGAACUUACUUGACGGGGGGAAGUAUCGUCGUAAUGGGAAAUGGUGCCUUAAUAUUUCUCCCGCGGAUUCUCUAGACGGAGAAAUGGAAAGCGAAGGAGAUAGCAGCGUUGAAAGUGGAGAAGGCAUCAAUGUGGGUAGCGAAUCAUACACCGAAAGGAGCGAACAUUUAUAUGAGGACGAAAUGUAUGCCAUGCUCGCCCCGGUGAAGAAAGUUCCAGAUCAUUCUACAAAGAAGCACAGGAGGAAACUACUUCAGAGGGGGAAAAUAAAGAAAGCGUAUGGCAACACACAUAACAACAGGAGAAGAGAUUCAUAUGGAAGGAACUACGAGCAGAACGAAUACAAAGAUGUUAAGUUAAACUCCUGUUGCUUUAGUGAUAAUUCUGUGGAUAUUAGGAUGCCCAGGAGCAGGCGCCCACAUCGAGGCGGAGGCACAAAAGGGAAGAUCGCUGUCCUUGAAAUGGGUAACGUGAAAGAAGGUGAACAUAAGAAAUCGGAACCAAAUGGGCAGCCGAACACACAAUACAGAGAUCGCCAGUGUAUACCCCCAAGUAGGGACGAACCCGUACACAUCGGUGACAAAAUCCGAAGAGACCUGGAAAAUUUCGACGAAACAAAAUACAAGAAAAUUAUAAGUGACAUUACUAAAGAGGAAAAAGUAAUUGAAAAAAUUAAAGAGGACGAUUUGUAUUCUAUAUUUAUGCAGGACUGGGAAGAAUCUCACAUGGAUUCACAGGGGGGGGCAAAAAGCGAGCCCCUUUCCUUGUCAGGGUCGUUCAUGCACCAUCUGAAUAGAAGUGUUCUUUGUGCUAAUCGGGAGGAAGGAAUUCUCUCAGGGGGAAAUUAUGAGCAGGUGGAAAGGGGUCUAAAUGAUCGGAAAAAACGGAGUAACUUCACAGAAGAUAUUUAUGCGAACGCUGAAAAUAAUCGGCAGGAUGGUCACACAAAGGGGGUGUACAUUUGUCAGGGGGAGAACGCAUCGGGGAUGGUCACGCAAAUGGAAGGAAAUCUAAUGGGACAUCAUGGAGGAUACAAAAAUGUCGAACUAAGGUAUGACCCCAAGUGUGCAGGCAAAAUGCAUGCAUUCCCCGUGGAAGAGACGCAAAUUGCUAAUGGGGAGGAUCUUCCACCAGAGGAUGAGCCCCAUGAGAGGAAAGGUAAGAACAGGAUAGAUACUUCAAAAGGGAUGAAUGGCCAUGUUCGGAAAGGCCUCGGUGGUGCCAUCGAUGAGUCAUCCAAGUGGGAUGUUCAGGAUGGGAAUAUAACAAAUCACGUCGGUAGAAGCGAAGCAAACGAACAAAGAGAACCUACCAAUAAUCUUCAUGGAGAGUCCAUCAACGAGGAAAUCUUAAAAAACUACGAAACUUACAAAAAAAACAAGGAUAAAUUCAUUCACCUGACUUUACGCAAAAACGUAACACAUAUAUCGAAUGAACAUACACCCACAGGAGUAGGAGGAGAAAAAAAAAAAAACACAUCCUUAAAAAAUGUAUUAAACAAAGAUUGCUCCAGAAGGGAGAGUAAACAUUUUUGCCCUGUUUAUGCUGAGGAAGAAGAAGCAUUCGAAGGGGACAAGAAUUAUGCACCUUUUCAAAACGCACAAAAUGGAAACGCCCUCCAUAACGAUAGAGACAUACGAGAGAGCAUCAUGGUGCAUUAUACAUACGGGGAUGGCAACCAUAGGGGUGUAACCUUACAAAGCAAUGUGCACGAUAGGAGUAACAUUUCAGGAACUUCAUAUGAUAACACAAACGCGCACUUUUUUCAGAUGUCUGAGAAUGGGGGUGAUAUAAGGAAGGGCAAUAUCUUAAGUAAGGUAGGUGAACAGUAUGACGAAGGAGGGUCGCAGAAGACAAAUGCAGAGGGGGAAAGAAUGACCCCAGUCGUAAUGCCACAUAACCCUCACACAAAUGAAUUCAAUCUACAUGAUGUGAACAACAAUAUGUUCAGUACAAGUGGUACAAGUUAUCAUCCUGUGGGUAGAGGAAAUUCGCGAGAAAAAGAAAAAAUUCCGAAAUGUGAAAAUAUCAAUUCUCCGCCUAAUGAAGGAGAAAAUGGAGAGAGUAACCAGGGGAAAGGCACUGCUCACUCAUCGUAUUCCUUAAGCAUGUUGAUGGGGGGCAAUCGGAUGGAUAAGAUUGGGUGUAGACUAAUCACCUCAGAUGCACCUAAUUCGGGAACUACCUUAUAUGUGCCCACCCAUUUGACAAAGCCUGUCAUGAACACAGAAAAGUUGUGUCCCACCAUGUUGCACGAGGAGCACAAUAGACUAUGUACAACUUCUGCGAAAUCAAAUGAACGGAAUGAAAGUGCCACAUGGACAGGCAUCCCUCCAAUCGAGGCGCAUUCACGGAGUGCAGCAAACGAAAUAGUCAAUUACAUCUAUCAGAAAGGGGGGCAUCCUUGGGACAAUAAAAAGAGCGCGGAUAGUUUCGACCCCAAGAAUGAAGCCUUCAAUGAAUCCCUCAAUGAAGCAUUGGGGCUGUCUCAAACAGGCGGAGCUGUGCUAAAAAGGGACUCCUGCGAAAGCACGUCACAGAGGAAGAGUGUCGGGGACAGGGGUGUCUUAAGUAGGUUGCUCAGGAAGAAAUAG